UACAGAAAUGAAACCUAUGCUCUUUUUCAAUACCUAAUAAUCUACAACAAGUCAAUUUUCCUAUGAAUACAAUUAUUACGGAAGUUAAUGGGGUAGUUAAGCCUAUUCAAAGUAGACCAGCACAAUUGCUACUUGGGUCAAGAGAACAGUCCGUCACUAUGGAGUCGGGUCAAGACUUGGGGGAGAAAUGCCCUUUAACGACGGGUUCCAUCAUACCUCUGAUGUCUUGUGUGAUGAAAUUGUAGUUCCUGAAAUCAGAGAGGAGGGACUUUUAGAUGACAUCGAAGAUGAGAUUUUUGAGCAGCUUUAUUAUCAUUGCGAAUUGGCAUCGAAUGGAGUAAGCAGGGUCACAAAACUCAGGGCGCUGGAUAUUUUGGACCCCGGGAGAACCAGGAAGGGACAUGAUGGAAAAAAGAGAGGUAGAAAGCCUAGAGCAGAGUUUGCUGCAAUUUAUGGUGUAGGCUAUUUUUGUUGGUGGGGCAGGGUCCUUCUCGUGUAUGGGCAAGGAUGAGAAGUUCUUGCUUUAUCAGGCCUGGGACCAUAAGAUUUGCUAGUACUUAGCUUGGAGGAAGUUGUGGGGUACGUGAGUUGCUAGGAUUGGGAUGCAUCAGUGUUCCCAAGAGCAGUAUGUGCAGACUGAUUUGCAGCUACAGCAGGGAGUAUUUCUGUGUUGGUCUCAGGUGGAUUUCAUUGUGGCAGUGGACUGGCUUGUGGUGGCUGUUAUUUGCGUUUUUGCUUGUAAAUUAAGCCUUUGAAAUGGCAUGAAUUUGAGACAGUUUUAAUUGCUGUGGGAGAACUAGUAGUUGAUGGAGCCGCUGGUUUGAAGGUCUUGAGGAAUCCUGGUGCUGCAAAAGUGGAAUUACCAGGUUUAUUAUUGAAGGAGAAGUCCUAUUGGUUAUUAUUAGCAUGCAUGGGGCGUUUUGGCUUUGUGUUGAAUUGCAUAUAUUGAAGCUGAUUUUUUCUAUCUCAUUA